AUGGCCUCCGCCGCUGUUCAACUUCCUGGCUCUCACGGGGCCUCGCUUACUGAGAAGCCUCAAAUCCCUGUUACCGAGAAGCCUCACCAUGUCCAGACCACGCUGAACUUUCUGAAAGAGAACGAAGACGGCUCACCCCCGGCACCAACAUACGCCGAUAGACCCGAGACUUAUGACAGACCGGUGACUACUCUCCCCGCUACCAUCCACGACAUCAGUGGCCAUGAACUGGACUAUACGCUGGAUGGCCACGGAUUCCAGCUAUACUACCACGAAAGCCAAGAGAAAGACUUCCUAGACAACGAGAAGAUCAAGCAAGAGUAUUACCCCGAGACCGAGCAACUACUCAAAGACGCCACUGGCGCCUCCCGCAUCUUCAUCUUCGACCACACCAUCCGCCGCGCAUCCAACGACAACAGCCGCGGGGCCAAGCUCCGCGGUCCAGUCCAGCGCGUCCAUAUCGACCAGUCCUACACCGCCGCCAAAAGCAGAGUCCCCUUCCACCUCCCCGAAGACGCCCCCGAGCUUCUCAAGGGCCGAUACCAGAUUAUCAACGUCUGGCGUCCAAUCAAGACGAUCCUGAAAGACCCGCUGGCCGUCGCAGACGCAAACUCCGUUCCGGAUAGUGACCUCGUCCCCGUUAAGCUGAUAUACCCUAAUCGCGAGGGCGAGACGUAUACCGUCAAGCCGGAUCCUGAGAUCAAGUGGUACUACCGCUAUGGGCAGACUCCUGAUCUGGUGACUUUGAUCAAGUGCUUUGACUCGAAGACCGAUGGACGGGCUCGGCGUGUGCCUCAUACUGCUUUUGUUAAUCCGGAGACGGAGAAUGAGCCUGGAAGGGAGAGUAUUGAGGUUCGCGCUUUGGUUUUCCAUGAGGAUGAUCUGGAGUGA